AUUGAUUUACCUGCGAUAUGUUUAACUAGCAGUUUGCUCAUCUAGCUCGUUCAGUGCAUGGGCGGUACUCGUACAUUUAUAACGCGUGACAGUAGGAAAGGUUUGUAUCUCAUUCACACAGGCACAUCUGGAACAUAAGCGUCUUCCAUCAAAUUGAUCUCCGCCAUGGAUAACCUAACUCGUGCUAACAGUGUUUUCGCUCUGGAUCUCUAUCGGGCUUUGAGCUCGUGCAGUGGCGAUGGGAACAUGUUCUUCUCUCCACUGAGCAUCAGUGCUGCUCUCAGUAUGGUUUACUUGGGAGCCCGAGGAGACACAGCCAAAGAAAUGGAGAAGGUUUUGUCCUUCACUUCUGUCCCUGAUGUUCACUCCCAUUUUGAGUCCCUGACCUCAGCUAUCAAUAAUCCAUCAGCUUCUUACAUACUCAGAUUGGCCAACCGCAUCUUUGGAGAGAAAACCUUCGGCUUCUUACCGGAGUAUUUGGACUCCACCCUAAAGCUGUACCACGCUGAACUUCAGCCAGUGGACUUCAUUGGAGCAUCUGAACAGUCUAGACAGAUCAUUAACAAAUGGGUGGAGAAGCAGACAGAGAAUAAAAUCAAAGAUCUUCUAAAGCCUGAUAUGGUGACCGGAAUGACCCGACUGGCUUUGGUUAAUGCCAUUUACUUUAAAGGGAACUGGUUGCAGCAAUUUAAUACUCAAGACACCAAGGAAAUGCCAUUUAAAAUAAACAAGAAUGAGAGCCGGCCUGUUCAAAUGAUGUUCCAAAAGAAAAAGUUUCCCUUUAACUACAUCCACGAGCACCGUUUGCAAGUGCUGGAGUUGCCAUACGUAAAAGAGGAGCUCAGUAUGUUGGUUCUUCUCCCUGAAGAGGCUCAGGAUGGCUCUGAUUCUCUCCUUAAGCUGGAGCGUGAGUUAACCCUUGACAACCUGCUCGAAUGGACCAACAGAAACAAAAUGGACGUCCACACAGACAUCUUGGUUCAUUUGCCCAAGUUCAAACUGGAAGCUGAGAGCUCCUUAGCAGAAACAUUGGCAGGGAUGGGUAUGCCCUCUGUGUUCGAGGGUCCAGUGGCUGAUCUGACAGGAAUGAGCAGUCAAGGUGGCCUCUUCCUUUCAUCAGUAACCCACAAGGCCUUUGUGGAAGUUAAUGAAGAAGGCACGGAGGCUGCAGCGGCUACAGCAGGAAUGGUGGCUUUUUGUAUGUUCAGAGAGGAGCAUUUCAUGGCAGACCAUCCCUUUGUGUUCUUCAUCAGGCACAACCCCACCAACAGCAUCCUCUUUUUUGGGAGAUACAGUGUCCCAUCUUAAAUAUGUACUUACUUUUAAAAUAAAGAAUAAAUAUUGGUAUUUAAAA